GAUUGGCGCGCGCCGUAGCUCGUUGCUUUGAUAAGCAAGAGCUGUUAAUAGCGCUCAGGUUUUUCAUGUUGUUUAAGAUCUUGUGUGUUUUGUAUGCGUUUUAUUAACACACAGCUUAAUCAUGUGGCCUUUUUUAGCUGUAGCCGUGUUGCUCGGCUGUGCUACAGCUUCACCUCUCGCAGGACGGACUCUUCCUGAUUUUGGAUUAAUGUACCAUGUAAAAGGUGUGAUCUCAUUACCUUAUGCUGAAAUCAAGGAACCGUUUGAAGGCUGGUUUGAUCUACUGGGGAAGAAAAGCAGAAUUGACUAUUAUCAUGGACAAGUCUCCACUUUUCAGCUUGGUGCAGCAGGAGAUCAGGGGGUCAGCUACAAAAUCACACCUGUGACAACUGAGUCAGAAACCAAUGCCAUGAAAUGCUUCCAAGUCAAUGGCACUAAGGAGGAUCCAGUUCUGCCACAGGCUGUAUUGCCAGACCUACAGGGUUUUCAGUUUGAACAAGUUGAGUACUUUGCGGGCUACUUGUGUGAGGUGUGGCAGAACGUCACUGUCUUUGGACACAAAAAGAACACUUACCGCCUGUGGGUGGCCCGAUCAGAGGAUGAGGCAUCAUGGGCCAAACCUGUGCAUUAUGAAAUGAUGGGCUACAACACACUUUUGGGUUCCCACUAUGACAAAUACCUGGUUGACUACAGUGACUUCAGCUCUCGAAUCGAUCCUAAAGACUUCGACCUGCCAGAAGGUAUGAGCUGUGGUCCUUUUCCUGGUCCAGGAGUGGCGCACAGAAUACUAGCCAAUCCCAUUCAGGACUUGAUUCGUACGUCUCCUGUGGGCCACGCCCACCGGUUAUUUGGGCACUUUAAGGAAGAAUACGAGCGUAACUAUGAAGAUGAGGUGGAACAUGAAAAGCGAGAGCACAACUUUGUACAUAAUGUUCGGUACAUUCACUCCAAGAACAGAGCGGGCCUGUCAUAUACCCUCUCUGUGAACCACCUGGCUGAUCGCACAAAGGAAGAACUGGCAAUGAUGAGAGGAGGGAAAGGAAGGAAGACCCCUAACCACGCCCAACCUUUCCCCGAUGAACUCCGCUUCCUUACUCUGCCCGACUCUCUGGACUGGAGGCUAUACGGUGCUGUGACCCCGGUAAAGGACCAAGCAGUAUGUGGUUCCUGCUGGAGCUUUGCAGCAACCGGAGCACUAGAAGGAGCAUUGUUUCUAAAGACAGGGGAGCGUGUGGUGUUGUCUCAGCAGAUGCUGGUGGACUGUACAUGGGGCUUUGGAAACAAUGGCUGUGAUGGAGGGGAGGAGUGGAGAGCUUUUGAAUGGAUCAUGAAACAUGGCGGCAUCUCCACCGCAGAGAGUUAUGGUGCAUACACUGGCAUGAAUGGCCUGUGUCAUUAUAAUUCAUCUGUUCUAACUGCCCAUGUAAAAUGCUACACCAACGUCACCAGUGGAGAUUUGGACGCUCUGAAGGCUGCGCUGUACAAACAUGGCCCUACUGCGGUCAGCAUUGACGCUGCUCACCGCUCCUUCAGCUUCUACAGUAAUGGCGUGUAUUAUGAACCAGACUGCAAGAAUGGGACAGAUGACUUGGACCAUGCUGUUCUGGCAGUGGGUUAUGGGGUACUAGAUGGACAGCCUUACUGGCUGGUGAAGAACUCCUGGUCCACUUACUGGGGUAAUGAUGGUUACGUCCUCAUGUCCAUGAAGGACAAUAACUGUGGAGUGGCAACCGGGGCCACAUACGUCACGCUGUCCUAAUGAACAUUAAAUCUGAGCACAUUUCUUUAAGUAAUUAUCAACUGUAGUUGGUUUAUGAGCUACAAAGAAAACACCAGUAUUUGCCCCAGACAUAUUUCUUCCUCUUAAAACCGAAGAAUAACCACACGAUGUCACUGAAGGUAAACAUUUCAGCAUGCAUCUGCAGUCUGCCUGAUGCAUUUUUGUCACAGUUGUACUGCUGUCUUUUAAACCAUUUGCAUUAAAAUAAAAAUGUUCGUUUUUCACACUAA